ACCCACCGAGGCCGCGCUCAGAAGCCCCAUCUCCCAUCGACAGGCCGCUGGGCUCAGGAGGCUGCCGGGGCUUUCUUUUUCCUCAAGUGCAGGCAGAGUCCCCGAGAGCCAUGGCCAGCCCUUCCGGCAGCCCCGAAGACAAGGGCAAGCUCAGAGGCAGGGACGGCCGGCAGAGGCGGGAGGAGGAGGAUGCCCCUCCGGAGGAGAAGAGGUUGAGGCUGGGGCUGGAAGGAGGAAGCGCAGCGCAGGAGGAGGGAGAAGACACUCCACGCCUGGGCAGGGAAGAGACGGGCACCCAGACAGGUGUCGAAGGCAGAGGUGACUACAACCCUGAAAAUUCAGCCCUCCUCUCCAGUGCCAGGAACAGUCCAGAGGACUUGGAUUCAGCAAGCCUGGCUGCCAGCAACACCGAGGAAACUGCUCAAAGACCUCAUGCGAGUGGAACUCACAGCUUCCUGGAUCCGGCUCAGCAUUCAGAUAUCAAAGCAGACUGCAAUACCUGUGCGGAAAUAGAGGACAGAAAGGUUUCAAGACAGCAGAUGAAUUGUGACAGAGAGCAGCUAAGGGGUAAUCAGGAAGCAGCAGCUGCCCCUGACACAAUGGCUCAGCCUUACGCUUCGGCCCAGUUCGCUCCCCCUCAGAACGGCAUCCCCGCGGAAUACACGGCCCCCCACCCACACCCUGCGCCAGAGUACCCCGGCCAGACCACCGUCCCUGAGCACACGCUAAACCUGUACCCUCCCGCGCAGUCCCACUCGGAGCAGAGCGCCGCGGACACCAGCGCGCAGACCGUCUCGGGCACCGCCACACAGACAGAUGACGCAGCGCCGACGGAUGGCCAGCCCCAGACACAACCUUCCGAAAAUACAGAAAACAAGUCCCAGCCCAAGCGCCUGCACGUCUCCAACAUCCCCUUCCGCUUCCGUGACCCGGACCUCCGACAAAUGUUUGGUCAAUUUGGUAAAAUCUUAGAUGUUGAAAUUAUUUUUAAUGAGCGAGGCUCCAAGGGAUUUGGUUUCGUAACUUUCGAAAAUAGUGCCGAUGCGGACAGGGCGAGGGAGAAAUUACACGGCACCGUGGUAGAGGGCCGUAAAAUCGAGGUAAAUAAUGCCACAGCACGUGUAAUGACAAACAAAAAGACUGUCAACCCUUAUACAAAUGGCUGGAAAUUGAAUCCAGUUGUGGGUGCCGUCUACAGUCCCGAAUUCUAUGCAGGCACGGUGCUGUUGUGCCAGGCAAACCAGGAGGGAUCUUCCAUGUACAGUGCCCCCAGUUCACUUGUAUAUACUUCCGCAAUGCCUGGCUUUCCGUAUCCAGCCGCCACCGCCGCUGCCGCCUACCGAGGGGCGCACCUGCGAGGCCGUGGUCGCACCGUGUACAACACCUUCCGGGCCGCGGCGCCCCCGCCCCCCAUCCCUGCCUACGGAGGAGUAGUGUAUCAAGAGCCUGUGUAUGGCAAUAAAUUGCUACAGGGUGGUUAUGCUGCAUACCGCUACGCCCAGCCUACCCCAGCCACUGCAGCUGCCUACAGUGACAGAAAUCAGUUCGUCUUCGUUGCAGCAGAUGAAAUUUCUUGUAACACCUCUGCAGUUACGGACGAGUUUAUGCUGCCGACCCCUACCACCACACACUUGCUCCAGCCCCCACCUACGGCGUUGGUGCCAUGCCCCAAGGUUCCAGCCCCAGCACAGACUUCAGAGGAGCUAAGCUGCACACUUCCAGGCCUCUGCUGUCAGGCAGCUGAGAAUCUGACUGCCUCUCCUCCCCUAUUACAAUUCAUGUUUAAAGUCAUAGUCGCCCAGGAAAGAAAAUAGAGAGGGGCACACUUUGUGUGUGUGCCUAGUACAUAAGGAAUUAGAAGGAAUCAGCUGGGUUUUGGGGUUGUCUUUUGUUUUUUUUUUGGGUUUGGGUUUUUGUUUGGGGGGUGGGGGAGGGCAAACAUGGGAGGUGAGGGUGGGUGAAUUUGCCUGUACUUGUUCAAACUUCUAUGCACUAAAACUCUUGAGUACAGUAAGACGUGCCCAUCAUGUGAGAGCGUAUGCAAUCAUUACAAAGCUUUUGGCAUGCAGCUUUCUGCUUGGGAUCAAGAAUCUCAGUCCUUUAUCCUAAAACUCAAUCCCCAUAGGCAUUCAUUUGAAUCGCCAAUACCUUUAGAAAAAGGAAAUAAAUUAAGUGCCACCUCGUAGCCAUCUAAAGCCACGACCAGACAAUUCGCUGGAGCGUGGCGGUAGAAAUUCAGCCAAGACCUGGGGACCAUGUUCUUUUGCAAAGCUCAGUUACAUCAAGCAGUCCAUCCAUAGGACUCCCCUCUUGAGCGCAAAUUUCAUACAGCUCAUUGAGCCAUGUCAAGUGAUUUAAAUUUCCAUCCUGAUUUUGCAUUCAACCACUCUGGUUCAACACCUAGUCCACUGGAGUUAUGUGUUGGAAAAGAGAGUUUGAAUGACUACAUUCAGUCAGUCAUCUGCAUUCGACCUCUUGAGUGUAGAUUGAGCUUUUUCCAAUGGGAAACAUAGUGUUAAUGAAUCAAAUGAGCAAACAGAAUGAGACACUGCACAUCCUUCAGUGGCCCAGUGUGUCUGAGUCCUUUCAACUACCAGGACUGGCCGACAGAUUUGGGUUUCAGAGGGGCUCUCUGUCUGAGGAGCUCUUGGGGAAAGGGGUUAGGAUUGGCCCUAUCUUCAGUUCUCCAAGAGUGACCUGGGAUGGGUAGGGGGAGCCUCCAUUUUGGUUGAGUUUGAGUGUCUAUUUUUCACAUGAAUAGUCUUUUUUUGAUGAUCCCCGUGUUGCAAAAGGAAAAUGUAAAAAACACACCCCUCAAAUUGCUUUGUUUCAGAAUGCUUUUGCACCCUUGACUGAUGCCAAGACUAGGAGCCAUGCUGAUGAUGUGGGUCUCGUUCUUUCUUCAUUGCAGGCUAGUAUAUACCGAGGGGGAUACAACCGUUUUGCUCCAUACUAAAUGACAAAAGCAUAAAAACCUUCCAAUGUGGGGAGAAAGGAAGCUUUCCGAGGCCUGGGUAUUGCAAUACAUGCAGUAGUGCAUCAUUUUAGCAACUCUAAAAACUAAAAAGAGGAAAAAAAAAUACAUUUUUUAUCUUAUACCUCAGAUAUUUUGUUCUGUGUAUUUUACUAUUGUGGGUCUUUAAUUUCUGAAGGUUCCGUAGUUUGGUUGCUGGCUAUAGGAGUUUUGUUUUGUUUUGUUUUGUUUUUGUUUUUGUUUUUGUUGUUUUUUUUGUGGUUGACCUAGAGAGAUGCUAGCUAUGAAGAAAAACUGGUUUAGGGCCAUAUCCAGAGUGCUUUAUCAUGUAAAUGAAUUAUAUAUGCUGAAUAGUAAGCUACUGGGGUUAUCAGCUGUUUGGGAAGAGUGUAAGUGACUACAGUAGUCAUCUUUUCUGCAUCUGCAUUAUUUUAUUUUAUGAAAGGGGAAAGGUGGGAGGGGCUUAGGGGAUUGGGACUGGAGUUCGACUGAAAGAGAGAAAAAAAUAGUAACUGAUGAAUCUAAACGACCCACUGCACCAACGAUCAUAUAGCAACGGUUCUAAGUUACUCAUUGUCAGUUUAGGCCAAAGGUUAUGCUGUUAAGGGGAUGCUUCUAGCAGCCCUUGUGCAUCCAAGUUGAAUGAAGCUGUGCAAACCCACCCUUUAACCUUUCCCCCUGGGCAGUAUUCAGCUUCUUAACCAGACGCUAGUUAUUUAGGCAAAAACUGCUAGUUAGGCCCAUCAACAAGCAUUCUUUUUAUAUUUCUUCCAGUAUAAUAAAUUAUUGAUAUCAUUGCUGACUUUUAUAUUAUGGGAGGGAAAAAAAAUAACAUUAAUAAAAAGGUGAUAAAAAGCACUGUUUCUAUUUUUUUCUUUUUUUCCAAAAAAAGAAAGUAAUAAAAACUUAAAUUCUUUGUACCAGUUAAAAAAAUGUAUAAAAUUUACAUCUGUGCAGUGGAGUUGUUAAGUUCUAGAAACAGUCUAUGAAGCUUUAGUUUUAGCCUAGUAGAACAAACUGUUAGAGACAGACGUAUAAUUUUUAUGGAAUUACAUGAUAAUCAUAUUCGGAUUUCUAGAAGCAUUUUACAAGUAUUGCAAUCAUUGAGUAGAGAUAAUCAUGGUAUUUUCGUCAGCUUGGUACUUUUUGAAACAUGACUGUGUUAUGUGAACAAGCUGCAAUUUUUCAGUCUGUGAGAGCCUGCCCUCCCUUCUCCCCCUAUCCUUUCUGGUCCCCAGUGAUGAUCUCAAACCGGUAACUUUAGUUCUGUCUACAAGGCCCAGGACACUUGUCAGAAGAAAGCAAAAAUGUAAAAGUACCCUCCUUCUUCCCGAAGAACAAAGUCCUCCCCACACCUCAGAUGCAGGGCUGGAGCAACACGGCUGAAAAAUUGCAGUUUGUCUGGAUUACUUCUGUUUGAACGCCUUCCAUGUUGUCCUGUUUACAAGUUAACCUGAGUUGGGGUAUCUGUCACGGGUCUUCCUGUUUUUGUAUUUAAAUAAAACAAACAGCAGCAAGCUGUCCCCAGUAGUUUUGCUGCCCUAGUUAAGUCUUCAUGUUGUAUAGUGCCCGCCAUCUGGCAAGCACUUUAGUAAGUUAUCAACUCACCGCUGUGAACCUGCCAAUCCGCUGUAACAACUCUGCUUUCAAACAAAAACCAAACAAAACUUAAAAAAAAAAAAGUGUUUGUGAUCCAGCAUUCUUGUCAUCCUAUGUGCAUGCAGUAAGAUCGGUUGGAUAUUAAACCAUCAAUAAAGUUUCACAAGAUUUGAAAACCAAGUUUCUGUAGCUUCGCUAUCUAAGGCAGAUGAGGGUUGUCUUGAACCCAGAGAGAAAGGGGGGAAACUGCUUAGCAGCCCGAAGUGUAUAUUAGACGUUCUCUUCAGCAGGCUUCUCUGGGUGGGGGAGGGGAGGGACAGAGGGGUGAUUUAUAGCAUCACUAAGACAUUCUCAUUCCCUCACCUGGGAAGCAAUGUGAUGACAGUUGAUGUUUAGAAGAGCAACUAUUUAUUAAAAUACUGUGGCAUCCUACCCUGGAGGCGGGGAGGGGGGGGGAGAGAGAGAGAGAAAGUAUAGGAGGCUAGGGUGAAUAAGCAGAUUUCUCCCAGUCGCCUCAAAUUUCACACUCCAGAAUUUGCAUUGUGUUUGGAAUCACAAACAUAGAGUUCUUACUGUGUUGGUUAAAGUAAAAUUAAUUUGCAGUUUUGAUUUUUCUUGAUGAGCUGUACUUUUCCCCCAUGACUGUACGUAGUUUUAAUAAAAUCAUUUAGAGCAAGUGGGUGCCAACAGGUUGCAGAUCUUCUGUCUAGGCACUCCUCCAAGAUGCCAACGAGUCAUUUUAAAAUGUAUGUCAGAGAUGUAAACAGACAUUUUGGAUUUUUUAAAACAGUAUUUAUUUGGAAUGUUUUCAUUUAUCUAAAUAACUAUUGCUAUUAUGAAUUAUGAAAAAAAAGAUUACUAUCAUGUGUGGCCUAUAGUGACUUCUUAACACACACAUCACGCAAUCUGCAAACCCAGAAAAUGUGUAUAUCUGUCUUUAGAAAUUAGUGUUUAUAUCACUUACAGUGGUUUGUGAAUAAAGAAAACUGGUUUGUAAUAUCAAAAAAAAAUAAAAGCUUAGUCUGAAAAGGUA